AUGGAGGGGGAUAAAAAGAAAACCUCAAGGCUAAUUCGACGUUCAUCCAGAAAAUUACUAUGUUUUCAAAUAUUUUUAGAAUGGAUGGAAAAAAUAUAUUAUCAUCAUUCAUGGUUUGAAUAUGAUGGAUUAGGGACAUAUUUAUUCUUAAUCUUAUGUCAAAUACUUUUUAUUUUAUCAAGAAGUCUAGGGAAACAACAGGAGCAUUUUUUUUUAAAAAAAGAAGUUAAAUUUAAAAAAAAAAACGUUUUAAAGAUAACAACGGAUCUUCAAACAGAUAUUUGGAAGAAAAAAUUCCAUGGGAUGUGCUCAUGGAUUUCUAUCGGGCUAUUCAUUUGGAGUGUUUUUUGUACAAUUUUAUGUUUUGGAACUUCUCGUCAAUAUUGUCUAUUUGCUCGAGAAGAAGAGCAUCCACCACCUAGUACAAGUGCACGACGAAGAGUAUUGAAUAAAGAAGGGAUUUCUGGAACCCUUAGAAACUUGAUAGAUCGAUUUCGUUUAGUAAAUUCAAAAGAAGAAAAAAAAAACUCAAAUAUAUCAGAAGAGGUUUGGGAAUUAAGAGUUUGGAAUCCUUCAACUUUACUCAUUCGAUUUUUUUGUUUUUUUAAUCCAGUUAAUUUAAUUUUACUUUGGACUAAUCCAUUUAGUCCUAAAAAUAUACUAUUAGCAACAGGGAUUUCUAUUCAGCUUUACUUAUUUCACCGAAUUUAUGCAAAUUAUGUUAUUGAUAAGUCAAUCAUUCAUAGCGAAGUAUUUCACGAAUAUUCUAAGAAAUUCGUUGAACCACGCCUAUUUCCUUAUAAACGAGAUGUUGCCACAUCAACUCAUCCAGAACUUGUACAAAUUGAAGCUCACACUCCUCAAGAAAAACCAAACAAAAUAAUGCAUCAACCAUCAGUACCUACAUCAAAUAGAAUUCGAUCUUUAAUUGAAGAGGAAUGGCACACACCAUGUCAAAAACCGCAUGGUGGGUUCAGAGGGUUUCCUAUUUCUCCUUCGAAAAAAGUUCAACCUUCUCCAGCGAAGGGAUUUCGUCCAGCAAAUUCAUGGUCAAUUGGUACAUCUGGAAAUCAUUUAUCUUACACAAACAUUAAAACAACAAAGCAUCAAUAA